AUGUCGGAGUCUCCAGUGACUCCCAGGAACAAGCCACUGCCGCUCUCAUCACCAGUAGGCAGGGGAUCGCAACUCAGGAAAACGAGCUCGUCGCAAGCCUUGGGGUCGAGCCCCAGGUCCACGGGCGGCAGGUCCCGAGAUGGCGAAAGGGCUGGGUCAAGCGGCGGCGGCAGACGAACGCUCGAGUUGGAUCGGAAGGUAAGCCGCGACCUGCGGCACUGCUCGAGCACCAGCACCCUCUCCCGCGCCACAUACAGCUCCUUGAUCACCUCGUCAUCCGGCGCGGGGACCAUCGUUGGCAUCUCCAAGGACACAAGCGCCAACCGGACUGUGGGCAGCGGUCAGAACAGGCAGAGUCAGGAUAGCAUCCAAGGCCAGCCGAGCAGGACGCCUCUCGCUGCGGUCAAAGACGGGGGUAAUGCAUCAUUUCGCAACUCAAGGAUAGCCCAGACGAAUAAGGAGAACUCCAUGCCCGCAAGGGCAAAACACCCAGAUCUCGGGCCAGCCCACGUGUACCUUUCGGCCUUGACCUCUGCUGGCGGCGGCAGCAGCGGCAGCAGCGGCAGCAGCAGGCUACCAACAACAGCCGCGCACGCCCCGACGGCGCCGGUUCUCCCACAGCUGCGCAAGCUCCAGAAACAGAUCCAGACGCUCAAGGCCGAGAACGACGACCUGCGGGCCGCCAAGAUGGCGCAGGUCACAACCAUCGACGACCUCCGCGGCCAGCUCCGCGCCAGGGACGACGAGCACGCGCGGGCGGCGGACAAGCUGCGCGCCGAGGCCGCCACGCUCAAGGAGGAGAAGUGGAGCCUGCUGGGCCGCGUCGCGGAGCUGGAGCAGGAGGUGGCGGCGGCGGCGGCCAGCGAGCGCGAGGUCGGCAACCACGAGGAGAGAGGCGGGUAUGCGGCCUCGCUGCGCUCGGGGGCGCCUCCGCCGUCUAGCCACAGGGGAAGUGAGGUGGGGAGACACAUCGUCACGGGCUAUGAUACUCCGGGCUCGCUGUACAGCGGGCAUGGCGAAGACCAAGGCGGCGGGGGCCCGGAGCGGAACACGUAUCACUCCGCGAGCUCAUCUGUGGUGACGGCCAGCGCCCGCUCGUUCGUGCGGCGGAGGGCGAGCAUCGCUGAGUCGGACCUGACGGCGGCGUCUCUGGCCGAGGAGGAGCUGGACAUCCUCUCGGACCAGCUGGCGGCGCACCACGAACAGCACGACCAGGAGCGGCAGGCCAUGGAGGCGCAGCUCGUCGAGCUGGAGGGCGACCUUGAGGUCACGCGGCGGCAGCGCGACAGGGCUGAGCGGCGCAGCCGCGACCUCGAGACCAGGCUCGCCACCCAGGUGGCGCUCGUCCGCCAUCACUCCCUGGCUGCCGCUGCACCCCCGGCCACGGCACCGACGCCGCCGAUCCCAGACCUGCCGGUCCUGACGUAUGCAAAAGUCGGGUUCGUGUGGUUCGACACGGUGAGGAGCGCCUUCAAGUACUGGGGCCUGUCCGACUUCAUCUCGCAGCCGGACGAGAGCCUGUUCGCGGGGACGGACCCGGGCCGGGAAGGGCGGCGGCUGCGGGCCGUGGUGCUCCUGAAGCGGGCCAUGGACGACGACAUCCUGGACGACAUCAUGUACCUGCAGAACCAGAAGUGCAUCUCGGCCCCCUCGGCGCCCGCCGGCGGGGUCCACCAGCCGCAGGGCCUGCCGCCCGAGAUCGAGUCGCCCUACUUCCUCUUCCACACGGCGGCCGUCCUCAAGCGCACGGUGCCGAGCUCCAUGACGGACUUUGGCUGGCUCGACCGGAUCGGCGACUCUGACUUCGAGGGCAUCGAGGGCUUCGCGAGCCUCGUCAACAUACUGAACCGCCGGCACAGCCAGCUCUAUGGCACCACCGCGGACCACUACGACGCGCUCAUCCCCAAGAUCCAGGAGAACAUGUCGAGGCGGUUUCCGGACUUGGAGAAGUCGUUGAUGGAUCCGGGUUCGGCGCCUAAGAAGUGGUGGCACCUGGCCUUGUGGAUGUCCAAGAUGGUGAAGAAGAGACAGGGGCGCAUAUCUGGCACCGAUGAGCUGUAA